AUGAUCCCUUACCUGCUCGCAGCCUACGUACAUGUACUACUUGCGGUUCUGGGUGUAAAUUCGCAUGCAAGCACUUGUAGGCCAUGGCAUGCUGGUACUGGCUCCGUACGGCACUCCGUAGACACAGACGUGUCCCCCGACCCAUCCUCGCCCGAGCCAGGUGUCGGGAACGGUGAACCGCUGCUGCUGCUGCUGCUGCUGCUGCUGCAUGGCGCGCUGGGUCUCGUCGUAUCCCGUCAACCUCUCCCGCCCGCCCGCCCGCCCAGCAGGCCCGUCGUCGCGCGCAACGCCCGCCGCCGCCUCGUUCGCUCGACGGCCCGUCGAUCCCGCCCGUCGCCCGCGUCAGAGUCCUCGUCGUCGUCACCCUCGCCGUCGGCCCCUCUGCCUCGACGCGCCCGGCCUUGCUUCGGGCGCAUCGCCGACGAAACCGUGGCGGCGCUCACCGUCCUCGCCCGCAACGAGACCUCGUCGUCCUCCGAACUAUCCCUUCAGCAGCAUCUCGAACUUGCCCCGGACCUGGUCGCCUAUCGCCAGCUCGUCACGGAGGGGGACUCCGAGCCGUCGAUGAUGGCGCAGCCCGUACCCCAUCAGCCGACGGACAGGAAGCGCGUCAAGGUCUACGAGCUGCGCAACAAUGACUGGUUCGAUCGCGGCACUGGCUUCUGCACCGCCGCCUUCACCACCACCGAGGACGGCCGCAAAGACCCGCGCGUCAUUGUGGAAUCCGAGGACCAGCCGGAACGCCUGCUGCUGGAAACGAAAAUCCUCAAGGAAGAUGGAUUCCAGAAGCAGCAAGAAACACUCAUCGUCUGGCAGGAGCCCACGAGCGGCGUUGACAUGGCCCUGAGCUUCCAGGAAGCCGAAGGCUGCGCGUCGAUAUGGCGAUUCGUCAGCAACGUGCAGCAGGCCUUGCUGAACAACACGGCCAUCGUGGACGAUGGCCUCUCCGACGACCUUGCCAUGGACGCGCCCGCCCCGAUCGCCCUGCCCGCCGCCGAGCUGGGAAACCUGCCGGAAAUCGAAUCCAGCAUGCACAUGAUGGCGACGAGCCCGAGCGGGCGAGACGCCCUCGCCAAGGCCAUCAUGGCCGAGGACUACAUCGGCAAGCUCAUCCCCCUCGUCGAGAUGGCCGAGGACCUCGAGAGCCUCCCGGACCUGCAUCGCCUCUGCAACAUCAUGAAGACCAUCCUCCUCCUCAACGACACCACCAUCAUCGAGCAUGCCGUCUCGGACGAGUGCGUCCUCGGCGUCGUCGGCGCCCUCGAGUACGACCCGGACUUCCCGAGCCACAAGGCCAACCACCGGCACUGGCUCGACAACCAGGGCCGCUACAAGGAGGUGGUGCCCAUCGAGGACCUCCAGACGCGCCAGAAGAUCCACCAGACGUACCGCCUGCAGUACCUCAAGGACGUCGUCCUCGCCCGCAUCCUCGACGAUCCCACCUUCUCCGUCCUCAACUCCCUCAUCUUCUUCAACCAGGUCGAGAUCGUCCAGCACCUGCAGUCCAACGCCGCCUUCCUGAGCGAGCUCUUCGCCGUCUUCAGCCCCCGCCGCCGGGACGCGAGGAAGCGCAAGGAGGCCGUCCUCUUCAUCCAGCAGUGCUGCGCCAUCGCCAAGAACAUCCAGGCUCCGGCCCGCCAGACGCUCUACAACAACUUCAUCGCCCACGGCCUGCUUCAGGUCAUCCACUACGGCUUGCGCCACAGCGACGUCGCCGUCCGCGUCGGCGCCACCGACAUCAUGGUGUCCAUCAUCGACCACGACCCGCACAUGAUCCGCCAGACCAUCUAUCGCCAGAUGCACGAGAACCAGCCGUCGCUGACCGACUCCCUCAUCGACCUGCUGCUCGUCGAGGUCGACCUCGGCGUCAAGUGUCAAAUCUCCGAGGCCCUCCGCGUCCUCCUCGACCAGGGCGUUCCCCUCGACCACUUUGCCAAGGUGAAUGGGGAGUACGUCAGACGACCUCAGCAGCCCCAGUCGGCGCUCGAUCCGCAGCAGGAGCUCUUCCUCACCCGCUUCUACGAACGAUCCGCCGUCAAGCUCUUCAAGCCCCUUCUCGAGCUCGAGGGCCGCGCCGACAUGAAGCUGUCGGUCCAGCAAGCCUCCAUGUUCACCUACCUGGUCGAGAUCCUGAGCUUCUUCAUCCGCCAGCACCACCGCUUCAGCAAGCACUUCGUCCUCAACAACAACAUCGCCGAACGCGUCUGUCAGCUUCUCAAGAAUCCCGAGAAGUACCUGCGACUAGUUUCGAUCCGAUUCAUCCGAUACCUCGUUGCCCUGCAGGAUGAUUUCUACUGCAAGCAGCUGACGGAGAAGAAGGUGUUCGGCCCCAUACUCGACGUCCUCACCGACACCCUGCCGAGGGACAACCUCGUCAGCUCGGCCUCGCUCGACCUCUUCGAGCUCAUCAGGAAGGAGAACAUCAAAGAGCUCGUCAAGCACCUCGGCUCCACCUACAGAGAACGCUUGGUCGGCUUGAGCUACCUGCCGACGUUUCGGGAUCUCGUCCUGAAGUAUGACGGAACCCAGGAGUUCCCCACCAACGUGGAGUACUUCCUCGAGAGCGAGGAGGAUUCGGCUCGGAAACCGGCGCCGAACGCGAGACUCUUGGAGCCCAUCGCCGUCGACCCCGUCGAGGAAGAGUACUGGAACGCCCCGGACCCGGACGACGCGGGGGAGCCGCAGGAGGCGGGCGGCAAGCCGGUCUCGACGAACGGCGCCGCCACCCCUGCGAAGCCUCUGGUCGACUACCCGUCGGACGAGGAGAGCGACGAGAACGCCAACGCGGAGGAAGGAAGCGCGAAGAGCACGGAAGAUGCGACGGCCGAGCCUAGCACGUCGACCCAAGACGCCGUCGAUGCCGCCGCGAGCGCCGCCGCCGCCGCGGCUCCCCCGCUCGAGAGGCUGGCCGAGAAGCGACGGCGCGAAGACGAUGAGGAGGACGAGCUGGACAAGCUCGCGCGUAACAAGCGUCGAAACAGCAGCUCGUCCGAAUCCAACACCAGCGCCUCAUCUCAACUCAACUCGCGCCGGAAGACGUUUCCCGGUUCGGGGGGGAGCGUCACUCCUAGGAAGAUUUCCAUCAGCCUGCCCGCUGCGGUGAAGACGGGCAGUGAAUCCCGACCGGACGAAGAGCACUGA